AUGCUGCACUCCAUUUCAGAUAUCGUUUCAGUGAGUGAAUCCUAUAUCUUCCAAAAAAAACAUUCUACGAGUAUAGUAAAUACUGAUAAGUGCCCUGAGUUGAAGAUCGUUAUGUCGAAUAUGUAUACUGGAUUCGGUGAAACAAUGACGAACUGCUCCUUCAAUUUGUUGACAGGAGAUAUAAGCACGACGAUGAACUACCAAGAACUUAUGAAGAAAGGGUAUUGCUGUUCAGAGUAUAAUGUAUAUAGAAGAAUUUACUGGUCGAUUAUGGAAUUACUAUAUAAGGGUGAAAGCGGUGAGUAA